CUCCUCCUUUCUUCUCUUCCCAAAUCACCAAUCAGCAACCACCCUUCAAGCCACAUCCUCCACCCCCCCGGUCCUGCCUCCCGUCUUUCGAAACACUUCCACUCCCAAACGAAUAUUCUUACAAAAAAAUGGCUUCUUUUCUCUCUUUUCCUCUCCUUCUCGCUAACCCCACUUCCCACUCCACCCUUGGAAGAAGAGAUUUUGCAUUGCCAGCUUCAUUGACUGAUGAUGGUGGUAAUAAUUCUUCUCAGCAAUCAACGAAAUUGGUCACCUUUUUGGGCAAAGGUGGGUCCGGCAAGACCACUUCUGCGGUAUUCGCCGCUCAGCAUUAUGCAUUGGCUGGACUCAGCACAUGCUUGGUGAUACAUAAUCAAGACCCAUCUGCCGAUUAUCUUUUGAACUGUAAGAUUGGAAGUUCUCCUGUCAUAUGCAACAAUAACCUUUCGGCUGUUAGGUUGGAAACCUCUAAAAUACUUCUUGAACCUCUCAAUCGGCUCAAGCGAGCAGAUGCCCAUCUUAAUAUGACACAAGGAGUUCUUGAAGGGAUUGUGGGAGAAGAGCUUGGGGUACUUCCUGGGAUGGACACUAUUUUUUCAGUAUUUGCACUUGGUAGGCUUGUUGGAUUAUUAAGUAAUGUGGCUCAAGAAAACCACAGAAAAGAGAAUUUUGAUGUGAUUAUAUAUGAUGGAAUCAGUACUGAGGAAACCCUACGGAUAAUAGGUGCAACCAGUAAAGCAAGAUUGUAUUUAAAGUAUCUACGCAACUUGGCUGAAAAGACUGAUCUUGGAAGAGUGGCUGGUCCUUCACUUGUGAGACUUGUGGAUGAAGCCAUGAGUAUCAGCGGCAGCAGGUCCUAUCUGAAUGGGAAAAUGAGUGCAGAAGUAUGGGACACUCUGGAACAAAUGUUGGAGAGAGGAUCCUCUUUCUUCUCAGAACCACAUAAAUUCGGCUGCUUCCUUGUUAUGCAUCCGAACAGUCCAAUCUCUGUUAAUUCUGCAUUACGUUAUUGGGGCUGUACAAUCCAAGCUGGUGCACAAGUUUCUGGUGCAUUUGGUAUUGAUUCUCCAAACUUGAAUGAAGAGUUGGUGGAACAAGUCAAGAGAACUUUUUCACCCUUGCCUUUUGCUUUUACUCCACAAAUCCAGGUCGAUUCCCCUCUAGACUGGAACGAGGUCAUGCUCAACACUGUUGGUAAAGAUGCAAGGAAUCUUCUCUCUCUACCACCAAGCCACACCAGUGAUAUGUCAUCAGUAAAAUUUGAUCCAGCGAAAAAAUCUGUAACCCUUCUGAUGCCUGGUUUUGAAAAGUCUGAGAUCAAGCUAUACCAAUAUCGGGGAGGAUCUGAGUUACUGGUGGAAGCAGGUGAUCAAAGACGUGUCAUUCUUUUGCCUCCAGAUCUUCAAGGAAAGGUGGGUGGUGCCAAGUUCAUGAAUAGAAGUCUUGUAAUCACAAUGCGGUAGUGGAAUUACAAUUAAAUUUUAUUCUUUUUUGCAUUGGAUGUCUUUCUGAGGGAAAGAUCCAUGCGUGAUAAUUAUGACUUUUGAUUUUCGGGGGGGCAUAUAUAAUGUUUUGGAAUCAUGCUCCUGAUGAAUAUGUGUACAACUUCAGUUAAUCUAGGAUCAUACAAAAGUAUCUUUCCUCCAGCCAGCUGCUGGCAAAAUUCAUGUCGUCAUUCGAUUGUCCCAGGAUCUUUGAGGUCUAUACCUCACCGGGAAGUCAUUAAAUGCAAUAUAUAUCAUGUCCCAAGUAAAACUCUCAACUGCUCCAGCUACAUCUCUUAUUCACAAUAUAUGGUACUAUCUAUCCAUAUCUUGAAUCCCAACCCAAGAGGGGUUGGACCGACAGGUGCAUGAGAAGACUACUUUCCUACCCUCGGUGGACACAAAUUCCUUCGCAAACUGUAUUGGGGGCAUGAUUUUGACAAAGAAACUAUCUCGAAGAUGUAUUCGGAGAGCAUAUUGAGAGACUCCGAUGAAAUCUUUUGCUAACAAAAGUUGUUUCCCUUCCAGUCCAGUUUCUUCUAAAUAUAAAUAUGUAGCUCAACAAUCUGAUAAAUGAGUUAUACGGAUAUA